AUGAGCGGAAGAAAAUCCCAUGUCGGCAAUCCCUCGCUCUACGAGGACGGCGACCAGCGGAAUUAUUCCCAGGCGGAGAUUGAAGCCGCUCGGAGGAACAGGGAGCAUCCACCGGCUUCCAGUGGAAGAGGAAGUGCUCAUAGCAAAGAGCAGCAGGCUAGAAGAGGGAGCAAAUCACCUACUGAUGAAGAGUUAGCCAAGAAAGACCCAUUGGCACCGGCGACCUUCCACGGAAACAAACCAUCUCGAGGGGCACAGGUUGAUGCUGAACUCAAAAGGGACGAUGAAGAAAGGCUUCGAGAAAAAGGGCUAAAAUGA